AUGUGCGGUCCAGAAGGAGGCCCCUCUCGCCCCAUACGCGCUCGUCUUUACCAGUCACGGGUGCUGCGCGAGGGAAAGUCCGACACCGUCAACGCUCCGCUCCCGUGGGCCACGACGCGUCGAGCCACGGUCUACAGUCUCGAAUGCCUGCUGUCCAAGCAAAUCGAUACCAUUACUGGCUCUGUCCAAUGCAAGCGGUGCGAGCGUCAGUGCGAGAUUGGGUAUAAUCUGGAGAAAAAGUUUGACGAAGUUGAGCAUUAUAUCGCGGAGAACAAGAGCAGCAUGCAUGACAGUGCGCCGAGCAAUUGGAUGAAUCCGGUUCUUCCAAAGUGCAAAUUCUGUGGUCAAGAAAACAGUGCGAAGCCGAUUAUCUCGCAGAAGAAUAAGGCAAUAAACUGGCUGUUUUUGCUUCUGGGACAAAUGCUUGGUUGCUGCACGCUUGCUCAGUUGAAGUAUUUCUGCAAGCACACCAAGAAUCACAGGACGGGUGCUAAAGAUCAACUUCUUUAUCUCACUUAUCUUGGACGAUGUAAACAACUCGAUCCUAGUGGACCUUUUGAUCGAUAA